AUGGGCAUCGGGCCUCGGUGCAUCAAGACCAAUGAGACAAGCACUCUGACGACGGACUACGUGCCCUAUCAGAGCAGCGGCACCAAGCUUUGGGGCACUGAGGGAGAGCUCGGCCUAAUGAAGAAGCCUUUCACAGCCAUGGCGUGGGUGAAGUUCGCUGGUCAGGGCAACUAUGGAAAUGCGAUCCUGACGAUCAGCGAUCGAGAGAAUGGCAGAGCGGGCACCGGCAUCGGCUUCAUGCAGGGCUAUGGUAGUUUUGCCACCUUCGGGAAGAGCUUGUGCCGUGGAUGUUCGCACUGGACCUACUACCACUCAUGGAAAGAUAUGUGGGUACAUCAGGCAUUUGCUGUCGACCCAGUUACUGGCAAAGUGCUCAUGUACAGGGAAGGAAGACUCAUCAAAUCAUGCAGCAAUGUCUUUCCUGCCGACGACAUGGACGACUUUUUCGUCGUUACGGCAGCCAAAGCGGCCAAUGGUGACGUCUAUGACGUCAAGAUCUUCAAGGACGAGUUCAAAUCUCAGGAGGAGAUCGUUGCCGAGAUGCGCUAUGCACCUCAUCCCGAUCGUGCAGUCGAGUACUUGUCCUACGACAAGAAAGAGCUCCAGGAUUUCGGGCAGAGGGGAAAAAUGCCGGGCCUCUAUCUCAUCUCCGUCACGGCCAUGGCAUGGGUGCACGUCAAGUCGAAGCUGUCGGGGGAGCAUCCGAUCUUCACCUGGAACGAGGAGUCACACGCUACUGAAUCCAAGAGCGCGGUUGGUGGCGGGCUGCAGCCAGGUCAAGGUCACGGCAUCUACCUCAACAUGGGAAACGGUCGUUGCGAGGGUGGCGAUUUGGAUGCCCCAGAAGGGUCGUGGAUUCAUGUGGCCUUUGCCUUUGAUAGUUGGGAGAAGACGGUACACCUGUUCAAGGAUGGCAAGCUAGUCAAGACAUGCACCGACUACCGCUAUUCAGUCACGGGACACCUUCACGUCAUGACCUCCGCGGCACGUGCGGGCGGUGACGUCUACGAUUUCAAGUUGUACAGAACACCGAUCAUUGAGGAAGAGUAUGUGAGUGAGCUCAUGGGAUCUCAGCAUCCCACGCCGAAAUGA